ACUGGCCCUGCGUGUGACCCAGCAAAGCAAAUUUCUCGACGACGUGCUUGCCGUUAACUGAAUAGGCUGAGACCCUCUGGGUGUGUGUGUGACGCAGAGGUCCUGCUCCAUUAUUCAUCGCAUGCAAACCUUUUCCUCCUGGCGCCUUGGUAGUACCUUUCCUCCAUAUUUAAGAGCCUCGCCUCCUACCCCGUUGCCCUCUCUCACCGGAUCAGAGCAAAACUUCAUCUCGUCUGUGCAUCCAAUCUCGCCUCGUUCCAUCAGGAAACCGUUGCCAUCAGUCAUCUGCACCAGCCAUCCGAAAAAACCCCAUUGCAAGCAACUGCUCAUCGCACAUACGUUCUGCACAAUGUCUCGCAACUACAGCAUCACCGAGCCACACCCCUCGGUCGCCUCUGCCCACUACGCUAGCUACGGCCGUGGCGGCGCUGGCAACUACGUCCGCAUCAACCCCAAGAACAUCACAAAUGGCGCUACCGCCGAGGGUCCCGCCUCCGUAACCAAGCUCCGGACACCUCCCCCGGACAGCUACUUCGCUGCCGGUCGUGGUGGUGCCGGCAACGUCCACAGGGAGUCCGAGCGCGCCAUCUUCAGCUUCGACGAGGAGCUUGAGCGCCAGCAGAAGAUGCUGGACCACCAGACCCCCUACUACCACAUCGGCCGUGGCGGCGCCGGCAAUCUGGUCGAAGAGCAGCCCAAGCGACGAUCCAGCGCCAGCAGCAGUGAGUCCACACACAGCGUGAGACACUCCAUGGAGGCCGGGCUGAACAAGAUUCGAGACUCCUUCUCGCGCCGCUAGGCCAUCUUGUCGCUCGGCGUUUUCACCACCAUUUACGUUCAUCGUCAACUGGGUUCCCGCGCACCGCUUACCCUGUUUGACGAAUCAUUGUCACGACCAUCUUCAUCAUCAUCAUCAUCAUCAUCCUCACGUGUUGACGGGCGGGCUGGUUCUGAUUCCCGCUUCAUGGACUUGUAAAGUCAACCAACUUUGUAGAGCAUGGCGUUGGAGGUAAUCGCAUCAUGGCGGAAUAAAAUAAAAAACCUAAUUCGGUUCCUUGGGUCUCGGGCGUCAUCCUUUGGGGCUUUUUUUUUAUCCUGGUGGGGAUUGUUACGAACUUUAUUCAGCAUUAUACCACAACCGGCGAGGAGCAUAGGGGGACUCCUCGGUGAGGGCUCUGCAAACGUUAUAAUUGUUACAUUAGUUUCAUGAUCGAGGUGGAUAUACCCAGAUCGCUUCCCCUUUUGAUGUCCGGGAGGAACAAGUGCUAAAUAGCAAUUCUGAAAUCGAAAACAUCACAAGAAAGCUUACCGAAAUA